GCGCUGCUCUCGCGAGCUGUCCAGGUCGAAAGGAGCGGAAAAUGUCGUCGCGCGAGUCUGGCAAGCGUAUCGACCUGCAGUGCUGGCCUAUGGCCCUGCUCCUCGCUUUGGGCGUUGAAGGGGCUCUGGCGCUACCCGAGGUAUGCACCCAAUGUCCCGGGAGUGUACAAAAUUUGUCGCAAGUGGCCCGUUAUUGUAAGAAAUCAUCGACCCUAAUGGUGCAAGCCCGCUGCUGUACGAAUCAGAAGGGCACCAUCUUGGGGCUGGAUCUCCAGAACUGUUCUCUGAAGGAUCCUGGUCCAAACUUUCCUCAGGCAUAUACUGCUGUUAUUGUAGAUCUUCAAACAAACCCCCUGAAGGCUGACUUGGGCAACACCUUCCGUGGCUUUACCCAGCUUAAGACUCUGAUACUGCCACAAGCUGUCAACUGUCCUGGAGGUAAUAAUACCUGGGAAAAUGUGAGCAUUCAUGUAAACAGCAAAAUCUGCGAAGGGCAAAAGAACCUCUGCAAUGGCACUGUGGGAUUAGAAAUGUGUCCUGAAAAUGGAUCUUGUCUAUCUAAUGGUCCUGGUCUCACUCAGUGUACUUGUUCCGAUGGCUUCCGUGGAUACAAGUGUAUGCGUCAGGGCUCCUUCUCACUGCUUAUGUUCUUCGGGAUUCUGGGCUCCACCACAUUGUCCAUUUCCUUCCUGCUCUGGGGAACUCAACGCCGAACAGCCAAGAGUUCCUGAACCAAAUAAGGCUUCCUGCUGAUCUGCGAUCUUCCUGAGCGGUUUUAGCGCAGCCAAGGAGAUUUGCUUCCCUGACAGGCCUCAUUGGGCAGUGGCACCGCCUCGCUGCUGAGGCUGCUUUGGAAGGAAGAUGGAAAAUUGUGCUACCCUGGAGUGUGGUGAAACCUGUGUAGUUCUCAUUUGUA